CUCACCAACAAUCGAUCGCAAUCGACUAGUCUCUUUUGUUUGCGGCCGAAUUUGUUCUUGCAGCUCUUUCAUGCUUUUUUGAUAGAGAGGGGAAUCUCCUCCUUCAUCGUCUCGCGCAGUUUCUACUGAGGAACAUUCGGUGGUAUUUUGCGCCAUAGAGAUAUCAAGCCGGAACGAUGUUUCAUUCAAUGACUGCUCCCAAGCCGAUAACUCAGUCUGCACUCCAUUGACACUGACAACAGUUUCUUCGAUGGUGUCCAUCACUACACGCUUUUCCUCGAUGGCAGUAUCCCAUUCAAAUUUCAUUGCACGAAUUCUGUCAGCCAAGCUUCUCAUUUCUUCUGUUCCAGAUCCGAGUAAUUCCAAGACGUCUUCGAACAAGAUUCCUGAACUUUUGAGAACCUCGAACAUUCGGUGCAUGAAAUCACGAAGUAAAACAAGUUUUGUCUAAAUGCAUCCCAUUUUUUAAAUUCUGAUAAAUAGGAAACUCAGAUUGUGAGUUAGAUUCUGGCUUUUUUAGUUGUUACAUUGAAAACCUACUUUCAAUGUAACUAUCUCUUUCGAUGUGUUCAUAGAGCGACUCAUAAGGUCCAUCAACGAGGUGUUCAUCUGAAAAAGAGGAAUUCAGAGAGUCGACGCAGAGAAUAACGUCCACCCGAAACAUCACCAUGGGCAAUCGCGUCCCCAUUAAGCGAACGAGCAUGAACUUACCAUUGACUGAGUGAUAUUUCUUUCCGUCGCAAGGAGGCGUCUCCGUUGUUCUUCCGACAUUCUUCAAUCAUACACAACCAUUCAUUAUCAAAAAGAAGAGAUGUCUAUGAAAUUAGAAAAACCCCAAUCUCAACGAAUUAGUGUACCACUACACCGAACAUUUCUUCUAGGCAGAACAGGCUAAUGAGAACAGUAGUACUGCUUUACAAGAUCGUAGAGAAAAGAAGAAACAAGCUUACAUAUCACCCUCGGAACGUGUGGUCCCGUCGCUAUCAUCGCCCUUCAAAUCAUCAAUGCUAG